GCAACUAUUGAUCUGUGUACUCAUCCUGCUUCAUACAGAGAACUACCACAAAGAGACCACUAGAUGGCGAUGCCCCGGUUGUUUCUCAGCAUUCUGCUGACUUCACAAUUGACUGUCUACCUGCCAAGUGAAGCCCAAAAGCAAACCCCUCCCCCUCACACUUCCAGCCCGAGCUGCCCAGCUCAUCCUGGUGUCCCUGGCAUACCUGGUCAUAACGGUCUGCCUGGGAGAGAUGGGAGGGAUGGGCAUGACGGAGUCACAGGACCCAAGGGAGAGAAAGGACACCCUGUAGGAAUAGGGGCACAGGGACCCCCUGGUGAUGUGGGGCCAGCUGGACCUAAAGGGGAGAUAGGGGAGCCAGAAGGUAACCAACAUGUGUUUCACAUUUAUAUCCACAUUCAACAAAGAAAUCGGUCGGUAUGACUCACAGAAAGAAUUACAUUAUUUAUUUCAAGCUGCUUCAGGGUCUUCCAGAAGGCAGGGGACAAAUAUUUAGUGUCCAAUGGAGUGCUGGGAAGUUUCGAUGAAGGUUUGAAGUUCUGCAAAAACUUUGGUGCGACGCUGGUCAUGCCAAGGAAUGAUGUGGAGAACCAAGCUCUUUCCAAAUUCAUUGUUGGUGCUUCUUAUGGUUUCCUGGGAGCAACAGACAGGAAAACAGAGGGUGUUUGGGUAGAUUUGAAUGAUGAGCCACUGACGUAUCUGGACUGGCACAGUGGAGAACCAAACAGUGGAGGUAAUGGUAUAGAAGACUGUAUUGCAACAACAACCUCUGGACCUUGGGUUGAUAUUACCUGUGAUGCAAACAUUGUUAUAAUAUGUGAAAUGUUAACAUUUAAAGAUGGGAUUUUUUUCCAUAAAAUCACUGACCUACAUUUUGAUUGCUACUAAAUUAAUUUUCAAGCAAAUUAUCUUACCAAAUCUUACAAGGCAAUACUAAUAUAUCACAACCAUCCAGCAGACACUGUUUAUGAGAGCUGCAAAUUAUUUACAG